AUGGACGAGUUGAGAAGUGCAAUAUGGGAAAAGACAGACCGGAGCUUGGACAGGAUAGUCAGAAGGACGGACUCACCCUCCAUAGUAGCAGUUCUGGAGUGCCCAGUGCCUUCAAAGUUUUGUCUUCCACAACUUGAGGUGUUCAACGGUCUAAAGGAUCCUUUGUACCACCUUAACACCUUUAAGACAACUCUAGGCCUCCAACAGCCCCCUGACGAGAUAUUGUGUCAUUCCUUCCCUACUAUUCUCAAAGGAGCAACAAGGGAAUGGUUCACUAAGCUACCAACGUCGUCCAUAGACACCUUUGAGCAAUUGGGUAAUUCCUUUGUUUGCCACUUCAUUGGAGAACAACGCCUAAGAAGGCCAGUAGACCACUUGGCAGACCACUUGCUCACCAUUAGGCAAGGAGAGAAGGAGACUCUGAGGUCAUAUGUGAAGCAUUUCACCCGAGAGACCUUAGAAGUAGACGAAGCAGAUGGCAAGGUGCAGCUAACAACAUUUAAAGCUAGAUUAAAAUUUAAGGAGUUCGUGGUCUUGCUCACAAAGAGCCCUUCUUGGACAAUGGCGGAAAUGCUCUUGAAGGCGCAGAAGUACAUGAAUACCGAGGAUGCCCUAGUAAUAAUAAGGGAUGAAGAGAAACCCAAUGAGAGGGAAAGAAAGGAAGAAGAUCGGAGGAGACGAAAAAGAAAGCGAAGAGAUCAUCAGGGUACGGACGGGAACAAGAGGAAGGACGAUAAAACCCCAUGGAUGGUAAAAUUCACACAUUUAGUUAUGCUUGAUGAUAAAAUUUUGGCGCACAUUAAAGACAAGCAUUACCUCAAAUGGACAAGGCCAUUGUACCCGUCAACCAAUGUGCGUGACAAGAAGAAGUAUUGUCAUUUCCACAAGGAUCAUGGCCACUACACAAAAGAUUGCAUAGACCUAAAAAAGCAGAUAGAAGAGCUCAUUCGAACUCCAGCAAUCCCAAAGGAGAUAACAAGGACAAGCAUGAAGCCUCUCUGA